CCACAAAGCCUCGAUGCAACAGUUGUGGUACUGACUCCUUUGUAUGGUAUUUGUUUGGAGAACAGUAACGUUACACCCCUAGUCGUCAGCCGCCCAGCCUCCGCAUCCACAUCCUACUGGAGCUAAAGCUACGGAACUUAGCUUGCGCCGCUAGCCUUAUAGUGUGUGUUUGUGUGUAUACGAAACGCUUGCUACCGUUAAAUGAAAUUAUUAUUGUGUAUUCAUAUCGAAGCGUACAUAGUCACCAAUAUUUGAAUUGUACGAAAUUACAAAAAUGAUGACUGAAUAGUCCGUUGUUAAAUCGUUACGCGUAGAAAAUUGCUACCAAUCCUAGCUAACUUGUAUAGCUUGCUAACAUCAUAACCAAGAGUCUGCUGAACCCUACAUUAUACAUUGUGGGCUGCUUCAAGCUACACCUCUUGAUGGAUUUCGUUUGAACACGUAUAUCUCAAGUGUGGGAGACAGUGGGGAAAGUUGGACCCUGUGUCGGUAACAUCUAUAAUAUCUAGAGCUCUCUCAAUUGCAUUCCUGCAACUUGUCACAGCCCAUUAAACCAACCAUAACGAGUAUUGAAAGGAGUAAAGAAUUUGGCUUCCCCGUCGCUAGGCCACGCUAUGAUCAGCGCCACUGAUCCCACCUGGUCGAUUGGGACAAGACUCCCACAAAACCAUGCGCUCCAAAUGAUAUGAUAGUAGCAGCUUGGAUCACUUUCUGUGCCUGCAGGAGCCUUGUGCAGGUUCUGCUCUUCCUUUCCUCCUCCAAACCCCCUCGUUCAUUCUGGGAGACCCUCGCCAGGGCCGUCUCCGGCACAGUAACUAUGGGUAACAGCUGUGUGUGCCGAGAGGACAGUGACUUGGAGGACCACUACCACGGCUCAUCGAGGGCCGUCCGAGGGCAGACCCGCCGGGUGGAUCAGGGAACGGGAGCCACCGUAGACACUAGCGAGACCAGAAGCAGCCGGCCUAGAGACCCGGUGAGACCACCGCGCCGCGGGCGGGGACCCCAUGAGCCAAGACGGAAGAAGCAGAAUGUAGACGGGCUGGUGCUGGAUACACUCUCUGUCAUCAGGACUCUUGUGGACAAUGAACAAGAGCCCCCCUACUCCAUGAUCACCUUGCAUGAGAUGGCAGAAACAGACGACGGCUGGCUGGAGGUUGUGCAGUCUCUAAUCCGAGUGAUUCCAUUGGACGAUCCCCUGGGUCCUGCUGUGAUCACCCUCCUGCUCGACGAGUGCCCCUUACCCACCAAGGAUGCUCUCCAGAAGCUCUCAGACAUGUUGAGUCUGAGUUCAACUGUGGCGCGUCAGGACGCUCUUAGCCCAGCGAAACACAGGAACACCACCGCUGUCCUGGGCUGCCUGGCAGAGAAACUGGCUGGACCCGCUAGUAUCGGACUAUUGAGCCCUGGAACUCUUGAAUAUCUUCUGGAGAGCCUGAGCUCUGAGGCCCACCCUACAGUCAUGCUGUUUGCUCUCAUUGCUUUGGAGAAGUUCUCCCAGACCAGUGAAAACAAGCUGACCGUGUGUGAUUCGUGUAUCAGUGAACGUCUCGCUGUUCUGGAGUUGUGGGCGGAGCAGUCUGAUUACCUGAAGAGACAGGUUGGAUUCUGCUCCCAGUGGAGUCUGGACAACCUCUUCCUGAAGGACAGUCGACAGUUCACCUACGAGAAGGUCAACCUUACGCACAUCAACGCUAUGCUGAACAGCAACGACGUCAGCGAGUACCUGAAGAUCUCCCCUACCGGCCUGGAGGCGCGGUGUGACGCGGCGUCCUUCGAGAGCGUGCGCUGUACGUUCUGCGUGGACUCUGGCGUGUGGUACUACGAGGUGACGGUCAUCACCUCCGGGGUGAUGCAGAUCGGCUGGGCCACCAAGGACAGCAAGUUCCUCAACCACGAGGGUUACGGGAUAGGAGACGAUGAGUACUCGUGUGCAUACGAUGGCUGCAGGCAGCUGAUCUGGUACAACGCCCGCAGUAAAGCCCACUCUCACCCCUGCUGGAAGGAAGGUGAUGCUGUUGGGUUCCUGUUGGACCUCAGCAAGAAGCAGAUGAUCUUUUCCUUGAAUGGUCACCAACUGCCCCCAGAAAAACAAGUCUUCUCCUCAGCCACGUCGGGCUUCUUUGCGGCGGCCAGCUUCAUGUCCUACCAGCAGUGUGAGUUCAACUUUGGGGCCAAGCCGUUCCGCCACGCGCCCCCCGUCCGGUUCAGCACCUUUAACGACUUUGCCUCCCUUUUGCCCACCGAGAAGAUCAUCCUGCCCCGACACCGUCGCCUGGCCCUGCUAAAGCAGGUGAGCAUCCGGGACAACUGCUGUACGCUGUGCUGUGACAUCAUGGCCGACACAGAGCUGCGCCCCUGUGGACACGGUGGUAUAUGCAUGGAGUGUGCCUUACAGUUAGAGACCUGUCCGCUGUGCCGCCAGGACAUCCAGACCCGCGUCAGACUGAUUGCACACGUGUCCUGACACAGCCCCUGACGCCUCACACCAGGACACGCUCAGCACCCCCCUGGGCCCCGCACCUCCACGCCCCGGGGCCCCGGCACGGGUCCCCGGGUACGGCCAUGCUUGAAUGGGAAGGGACUGGCACAGGUGAGGGACAUCGGGUUGGGGGAGGACAGGAGAACCCGAGCAAGGGUCGUUGGGAAGGGUGGAUACCUUGGAGCCUUUUCUGGAACUGCCCCAGCUCACUGCUGGCGAGAGGAAGAUGUCCGCAAUUCACCUGCUUGAUUGUUCUGGAACCAGAAGGAAGAAUGGGAGGAGCUUAUUCAAUCACAUUACAAAUGGCAAGAUUUUUUUUUAGACA